UUUUGAUUGUCAUCAUUACUCUCGACCCAGAAGAAGACAGCGCUCACAAAUCAAGUGAACUUUUGAAAAUGCAUUUGAUUUGGAGAUAGGUAGCCACAUGAUACAACUUUGUCGAGAACAACCACAACUACAUCGGCCUACUUUGGUUUUUCUGCACCCGCCGACUUCGCCCAUGGGCUUCCUGGGCCACAGAGACGUGAUUCUGGGACGGGCACAGUCCCUCCCCUCAGCCUGCCUGCCCUGCGUCCCCCCCUGUCUCCCAGACGUCUCCUCUUGAGAGAAUGACCAUCGGCCCAGACCAGCUCUACCGCCACCAUACCACUGUGUGAAUGACUCUUUGCCGAAAAGCCACCGUGCUCUGCCACCCCGUUGUUGCCAUGAAGAGCAAGUAUUCCCAGUACUACAACCGGACCCUGAUCCAUGCCUACUAUGUGUUUGCCAAGGACAUGACCUSGGAGGAGCUGGAGGAGCGCACCAACGGGAAGGCGCAGCUCAGCUCCCUCAACAUCGUCUUCGUUAUCAUCUGCAGCAUCAUCAUUCUGGAGAACUUGCUGSUGCUCAUUGCRGUGUUCCGCAACAAGAAGUUCCACWCCGCCAUGUUCUUCUUCAUCGGGAACCUAGCCUUCUCCGACCUGCUGGCCGGCUCUGCCUACAURGCCAACAUCUUCCUAUCAGGGCCAAGGACCUUUGAGUUGGUGCCYGUYCAGUGGUUCAUCAGGGAGGGCACAGCCUUUAUAGCGCUGGCCGCCUCCGUCUUCAGCCUGCUGGCCAUCGCCAUCGAGCGCUACAUCGCCAUCACCAAGGUCAGGGUMUACGGCUCRAACAGGACGUGUCGUAUGUUCCUGCUGAUCGGGACGUGCUGGGUCACCUCCAUCCUCCUGGGYGGCCUGCCCAUCAUCGGCUGGAACUGRAUCAACAACCUGCCUGAGUGCUCGGRCUUGCUGCCCCUCUAUUCCAAGAAGUACAUCCUGUUCGUGGUCACCAUCUUCAGCAUCAUCCUGCUCUCUAUCGGCAUCCUUUACGUGCGCAUCUAUCUGAUCGUGCGCUCCAGCCACCAGGAGGCCACCAACUCUCCGGCUUACGCCCUGCUGAAGACGGUCACCAUCGUGCUGGGCGUCUUCAUCGUGUGCUGGCUGCCCGCCUUCACCGUCCUCCUCCUGGACACCUCCUGCCGCAGGCUGGACUGCCCCGUCCUCUCCAAGGCAGACAUCUUCUUCGGCAUCGCCACGCUCAACUCGGCACUCAACCCGRUGAUCUACACGCUACGCAGRAAGGARAUGAGAAAAGAGUUCCUGCGRGUGCUGUGCUGCUGGGGMCUGCUGACCAGCGGGCGCCCCACRGACCGAUGCCUGGUGCCCCUCAAGAGCUCCAGCUCUAUGGAGCACUGUACCAACAAACACGAACACCAGACCACGCCCAUCAUGCAGGCAGAGUGCACCACCUGUGUCUGACUCGAUGCUAUAAUCACACAGUGUGUGUUUUCUGAAUGUGAAUGUGUGUGUGUCUGUUCAACUGGGUGUGUGAGAGGGAUAGUGUGUGUGAUGGGGCUGUGUGCAGGUGAAGAGACUUAAAGAGGAAAGCACAUCUGUGAACCCCCCCAUCCCCACUUCAGACCUGCCACACAGAAGACCGUCUGUCUGUUUGUCUGGAGAGAUGUCACAACAUCGUUGACUCUCAUUACAAUCAUACCUGUGUGAAUUCACAAUCAGCAUUCAACCGAUUCACCACAAGAGCGUGAUAACACAAUCAUCCUCGAGUGAAUUCACUAUUAUUCAAUGAAUUCACAAUCAUAGCUGAGACCUUUUUUUAACAAUGUUUUAAACAUUUUCUUAGGGACUUUCACAGAGUGGAGUCACAAUCUUUGUUGAGGGAGUCUUGAUUAUAACGAUACAUGAAUUCAUGUUCUGCAUGUCCGCUUGUUUGACAUGUAUGCAGACUCUUAUGGAAAGCCAAAUCCACAGACACCAUAUACAUAAUACAUAAUCGUGAUGCUGAGUUGUUGGAGUGUUUUACUGCGCCCUGAUAAUGGAAAGCUUUCACAUAUUGCACUUUGUAGACAUGUAAGCGUUGUGUGAUUUGUUUAUGGCUGUCACCCUCUUGAAAGGUUAAACCACAGAUGUUUCCCUGAGUGAAUUAUAUAUGUAUCGAUACAUACAGUACUCAUAGGCCAUUGCUCAUAUAGAGAGACGUGAGGCACCCAGGCAGUGACUAGUCCUCACUCAGUACUGCACUCCAUGCAGGCCAAAACCCUUACAAGUACCCCUCUAAACCAGGGCUAUAUAUCUUCAUAUAUAAACAUGCAUAGAUCCCUUUGAUUAACUGCAAAAACAAAAGUACUCUGCUUACGUAUAUUGCAUGACAUUCUAACUCCUUUGUAAGAACUAAUGUGUAUUGGUGUACUCCAGUAAGUUCAGCUUAUUCAUUAACAUUCUCUCUCCGCCCACUUAAAUCUGUCCCUCUCGCWUCUACUGUUGUCUUUUGUGACUAACGUUUCCUAAGAGGAAGG